CAGAACAAGAACUCAGAGGGCAACACAACAAAGCUAACCGCCAGGUUGCCUGGCAAUUAGCUGGAGCGCUAACAGUCAUUUAACUCAGAAAUAUGACUCACUACGUUUGUAUGAAAAGACAUAUAAUAAAGCAUCGAGCUUAGAUAACUUAUCGGAUAUAGAGGCAGAAGCGAAGCAGGGAGGAUGUAUGCGGUGUACAGGCAGGCCCACACCCCCACUGCUGUGGAGUUCUCCGUCUAUUGUAACUUUAUAUCCAGUAAGGAGAAAAACCUGGUCAUCGCCGGAACAUCCCAGCUUUUCGUCUACAGGAUCAUCCAUGAUGUUGAGAGCACAUCCAGAACUGAAAAGUCAUCCGAUUCUAAAACCCGUAAGGAGAAGCUGGAGCAGGUGGCCUCCUUCUCUCUCUUUGGUAACAUCAUGUCCAUGGCGAGUGUGCAGCUGAUAGGCGCCAACAGAGAUGCGCUCCUCCUCAGUUUUAAAGAUGCAAAGUUGGCUGUAGUGGAGUACGACCCCGGGACACAUGACCUCAAGACUCUCUCUCUGCAUUACUUUGAGGAGCCAGAACUCAGAGAUGGCUUCGUGCAGAACGUCCACAUCCCCAUAGUCCGGGUCGAUCCAGAGAACCGCUGCGCCGUCAUGCUGGUUUACGGCACCAAGCUGGUGGUGCUGCCGUUCAGGAAGGACACGCUAACCGAUGAGCAGGAAGGCGGAGUCGGGGAAGGACCCAAAUCCAGCUUCCUGCCCAGUUACAUCAUCGACGUCCGCGAGUUAGACGAGAAGCUGCUGAACAUCGUCGACAUGAAGUUCCUUCACGGUUACUACGAGCCUACGCUGCUGAUUCUCUAUGAGCCCAACCAGACGUGGCCGGGGCGCGUGGCGGUUCGUCAGGACACCUGCAGCAUCGUGGCCAUCUCCCUCAACAUCAUGCAGAAGGUUCAUCCUGUCAUCUGGUCUCUCAGCAAUCUGCCUUUUGAUUGCACGCAGGUCAUGGCUGUUCCCAAACCCAUCGGUGGUGUGGUGGUGUUUGCUGUGAAUUCACUGCUGUAUCUGAACCAGAGCGUCCCUCCUUAUGGAGUCUCCCUGAACUCUCUGACCAAUGGGACCACAUCCUUCCCUCUACGUGUCCAGGAGGAAGUGAAGAUAACACUGGACUGCUCCCAGUCUGACUUUAUAGCGGCUGACAAGAUGGUGAUCUCCCUGAAAGGAGGAGAGAUUUAUGUGUUGACGCUCAUAACAGACGGCAUGAGGAGCGUCAGAGCUUUCCACUUUGACAAAGCUGCAGCCAGCGUCCUCACAACAUGUAUGGUUACCAUGGAGCCCGGCUACCUGUUCCUCGGUUCGCGGCUUGGAAACUCGCUGCUCCUGAAGUACACCGAGAAGCUGCAGGAGACGCCUGCUGAGGACGGAAAAGACAAGCAGGAAAAAGAGAAAGAGACAGACAAACAGGAGGAGCCGCCCGUCAAAAAGAAGCGAGUGGAGUCUUCCACCAACUGGACAGAUGAGGUGGAUGAGAUCGAGGUGUACGGCAGCGAGGCCCAGUCAGGCACGCAGCUGGCUACCUACUCAUUUGAGGUGUGUGACAGCAUCCUGAACAUCGGUCCUUGUGCCAAUGCUUCUAUGGGGGAGCCUGCCUUCCUCUCCGAAGAGUUCCAGAGCAACCCUGAACCUGACCUGGAGGUGGUCGUCUGCUCCGGUCACGGUAAAAACGGUGCGCUGUCCGUCCUCCAGAGAAGCAUUCGGCCUCAGGUGGUCACCACUUUCGAACUGCCUGGUUGCCAAGACAUGUGGACUGUUGUCUCCAGUGAAGUCAAGGAGGACAAAAAGGCUUUAAAAAGCGACGAGUCGGACGACGCUGCGAAGGCAGAAGGUAAGGAGGACGGGGAAGAGGGAGAGAAGGACAAGGAAGAGCCAGAGAAAGAGGAGGAGAAGACGGAGCGCCCCCUGGAGGACGACUCCAAAAGGCAUGGCUUUCUCAUCCUGAGCAGAGAGGAUUCCACCAUGAUUCUUCAGACAGGUCAGGAAAUAAUGGAGCUGGACACCAGUGGGUUUGCUACUCAGGGGCCGACGGUGUUCGCUGGAAACAUCGGCGAUGACCAGUACAUCAUCCAGGUCUCACCCAUGGGCCUCCGUCUGCUAGAAGGAGUGAAACAGCUCCACUUCAUCCCCGUGGAUCUGGGCUCUCCCAUCGUGCAUUGCUCCGUGGCCGACCCCUACGUGGUUAUCAUGACGGCUGAGGGCGUGGUCACCAUGUUUGUGCUGAAAAGCGACUCCUACAUGGGGAAAACGCACCGACUGGCCCUGCAGAAACCACAGAUUUCCACCCAAUCCCGUGUGAUCGCUCUGUGUGCGUACCGAGAUGUUAGCGGCAUGUUCACCACAGAAAGCAAGACGUGCUCCUCCACCAAAGAGGACUUCAUCAGCAGGAGCCUUUCAGAGGAGGAGACGGUUUACCAGGACCUCAGCAACGCUGUGGAUGACGAGGAGGAAAUGCUGUACGGAGAGUCCAGCACCAACCAGCCCUCAAAGGAGGAAACCAGCCGCAACUCAGCGGGACCCGCAGGCAACAGCGGCGAAGGGAGCUCAGGCAAAGCAGAGCCGUCCCACUGGUGUGUGAUCAUCAGAGACAACGGGGUGAUGGAGAUUUUCCAGCUGCCAGACUGGCGCUUGGUUUUCCUGGUGAAGAACUUCCCAGUAGGUCAGCGGGUGCUGGUGGACAGUUCUUCUGGCCAGUCGGCCACGCAGGCGGAUGGUAAAAAGGAGGAAGUCGCUCGACAGGGAGAGUUCCCGGUGAUCAAAGAAGUCGCCUUGGUGUCUCUGGGCAACAUUCGCAGCAGACCGUAUUUACUGGUCUACGUGGAGAACGAGCUUCUGAUCUACGAAGCGUUCCCGUACGAUCAGCAGCAGCCACAGAACAACCUGAAAGUUCGCUUCAAAAAGGUGCACCACAACAUCAACUUCAGAGAAAAGAAAUCAAAGCUGAGGAAAGACAAGAAGGCGGAGAGCGGCGCCGAGGAGGGCCCUCCGACGAAGGGUCACAUCUCCAGGUUCAGAUACUUCGAAGACAUCUCUGGUUACUCAGGGGUGUUUAUCUGCGGCCCGUCUCCUCACUGGAUGUUCGUCACGUCACGAGGAGCUCUGAGGCUCCACCCGAUGAGCAUCGACGGGCCAAUCGAGUCCUUCUCUCCGUUCCACAACAUCAACUGUCCCAAAGGUUUCCUCUACUUCAACAAGCAGGGGGAGCUGAGGAUCAGCGUCCUCCCCACCUACCUGUCCUACGACGCCCCCUGGCCCGUCAGGAAAAUCCCCCUGAGGUGCACCGUCCACUACGUCUCCUACCACGUCGAAUCCAAGGUGUACGCAGUGUGCACGAGUGUGAAAGAGCUGUGCACCCGCAUCCCCAGAAUGACGGGAGAGGAGAAGGAGUUUGAAACCAUUGAGAGAGACGAGUGCUACAUUAACCCUCAGCAAGAGAAGUUUUCCAUCCAGCUCAUCUCUCCUGUCAGCUGGGAGACCAUCCCCAACACACGGAUCGACCUGGAGGAGUGGGAACAUGUGACCUGCAUGAAGACCGUGGCUCUGAGGAGUCAGGAGACGGUUUCCGGCCUGAAGGGCUACAUUGCAGCAGGGACCUGUGUGAUGCAGGGGGAGGAGGUGACCUGCAGGGGCAGGAUUCUGAUCCUGGAUGUGAUCGAGGUGGUCCCAGAACCGGGCCAGCCGCUCACCAAGAACAAGUUCAAGGUGCUCUAUGAGAAGGAGCAGAAGGGCCCCGUGACGGCUCUGUGCCAUUGCCAUGGAUACCUGGUGUCAGCCAUCGGCCAAAAGAUCUUCCUGUGGGUCCUGAAGGACAACGACCUGACGGGGAUGGCCUUCAUCGACACGCAGCUCUACAUCCACCAGAUGAUCAGCAUCAAGAACUUCAUCCUGGCAGCCGACCUGAUGAAGAGCAUCUCUCUGCUGCGCUACCAGGAGGAGAGCAAGACGCUGUCGCUGGUCAGCAGGGAUGCGAAGCCCUUAGAGGUCUACAGCGUCGAGUUCUUGGUGGACAACAACCAGCUUGGUUUCCUAGUAUCUGAUCGGGACAAGAACCUGUUCGUUUACAUGUAUUUGCCUGAAGCUAAAGAGAGCUUCGGAGGAAUGCGCCUGCUGAGGCGCGCCGACUUCAACGCGGGAGCCCACAUCAGCACGCUCUGGAGGAUGCCGUGCCGAGGAGCGCUGGACUCCAUCAGCAAGAAGGCUCUGACCUGGGACAACAAGCAGAUCUCCUGGUUCGCGACCCUGGACGGCGGGAUCGGCCUGCUGCUCCCCAUGCCGGAGAAGACCUACCGCCGCCUGCUGAUGUUGCAGAACGCUCUCAACACCUUGCUGCCUCAUUAUGCCGGGCUCAACCCCAAAGCCUACAGGAUGAUGCACUGCGACAGACGGAGCCUGCAGAACGCGGUGAGGAACGUCCUGGAUGGAGACCUCCUCAGCAAGUACCUUUACCUCAGCACCAUGGAGCGCAGCGAGCUGGCCAAAAAGAUCGGAACAACGCAGGACAUAAUCCUGGACGAUCUUCUGGAAAUCGACCGAGUGACGGCUCACUUCUGAGCCUCCCUCACAUUCCAAUCUGGAAGCCAUCUUUGUGCUUUUUCUUAUCCAACGGCUUCAUCUUGUUUUCUUAGAAUAUUUUGUAUUAAAAAAAGAAAACAAUC